CCUAGAGCACUAAUUAGAUCUGCACGAUUUCUGGGUAUCGCACAGAGCCACGAAAUGGACCAAGAAACCGAAAGGAUACCGAAGCGUCGAAAAUUGGACCGCGACGAGCCUCAACCCAACAGUGAGCCGAGCACACUGGAUGACUGGGCGGUGUCGUCUAAUGAUGCCCUCUGCCUGCGACUAGUUCGACCUGAAGAUAUGGACAGUGAAAUCGACAUCUUCCACCCGCUAUUCACAUAUCCUGUAUUUGGGAUGGAGGAGACAAUAAAUGGUUAUCAAAAUUUGAAGAUCAAAUUGUACUAUGCAGCCGGAUCUCUUGCGACAUAUGUCGGGAUUUCGUACGACAACCGUCGCGAGUCCAAUGGCUCGCAACAGCCCGAUGAUAUAAUGGCGCUACUGUCGGAAAAACUGCCACCAGGCUUCGCUGUGGAUUAUGAUGAGUUCAUGCAGACAGUACAGGAGGACGAAAAAACAUUCGUUCCGUUCGGUACGAAAAUCCAUGAGUUUGACUCGGACGGAGAUGUAUCGUAUGAAGUCUACAAGUGCAAUUUCAAAACCCCUGGCUUCAAGGAGUAUCAUCGAAGACUGCAAGUGUUUCUGCUCUGGUUUAUUGAAGGUGCAUCAUUUCUCGAGGAGAACGAUGAGCGAUGGGAGAUGGUCCUACUGUUCGAACGGCAGAAGAAGGAUGAAAAGAACAUUUACUCCAUCGUCGGAUACGCUACAUACUAUCCCUUUUUCCAUUAUCCUGACCGGAAAAGAAUGAGAAUAAGUCAAUUUAUCAUAUUACCACCAUAUCAAGCACGAGGGCUCGGAGAAAGGCUAUAUAAGGUCUUAUAUAACGACUUCUUUCAGCGCAGUGACGUUGCGGAAAUGACCGUGGAGGAUCCCAAUGAGGCGUUCCAAGAUCUCCGAGACAAAUGUGAUCUUAGCUGGCUAAUUGAGCAGGAUGCGUUUGCGGGCUUACAACCUCCAGUGCCUGGGCCAACGGUGAAGGAGUUGGCGACGCGCUUUAAGCUAAGCAAGCGGCAGCUUGAGCGAUGUAUGGAAAUGGCAUUGCUACGGAAUCUCAAACUAAAAGAUAAGAAAGCGUACCAGGCUUAUCGAAUGCAAGUGAAGCGGCGAAUAUUUCGGCAAAACGAGGAGGCUUUGAUGGGACUCGAAAAAGAGCUGCGGUUAGAGAAAUUGGACGAAACAUACGUCGCUGUGGAGGAAGAUCACCGUAGAAUACUCGAGAGGCUUAAGUGAUACAUAUAAAAGGAUGCGUGGUCGUGGGUUCCUUUCCUCGGAUGGACAUGCCAAGCCUUUGGCAAAAGAAUUGAUGCUUGAUUUGAAUGCAUAUCCAUGCAGCCCUUAACAGCUCCAUAUAUGAUUUCAGAGACAUGUGCCGAAUGAAGGGUAUCCCAAUAUUAAUAAAUUACCGCCCGACGAGGACCUUUGUCGGAGCC